AUGAAAAUAGUAUGUAGCACAAUAAUAUAUUUACUCUCCUAUAAAACAAUAAUAAAAGCGAAAAACGCAAAAUAUAGUAGUAACUUUUUAAAUGAAUUUAAUAAAUUAGACAUUCUGUGGGGAGGAACCAACUUCGAGCCGUUAGACCUAAGAAAGAUUAACGUUUCUUCGUUCUUUUUCAAAUUGCAUUAUAUCCCUUCGGGAUUUGUAUUUGGUGAAUGUCCUCAGGAUGUUGAUGCUGUGUGUUUAUUUCUGCAGUAUUCAUUUAUUCAAGAUAAUAAAAGAAAAGAAGUAAAAAUGGAAAGUAAAUCAAAAGAUGAAAAAAACAAAAUCAAUGAAAAUAAAACAGCUAGCGAAAAUGCUGAUAUUGAUUCACAAACAACUGCUCAAGAAAUUCUUAAGAGGGGAGUAAAUUUUUAUAUCAAUGGAGGUACAUCCGAAUAUGAUUACAACAACGAUGAAGAAUUUUUUAAAGUAUUUCAUCAUAAUAAUCAUAAGAAAAAAAUUGAAAUAUAUAGUCCUUGUUUUAACUUAGAUGAAAACACAUGUUCAAAUAAUAAAGACUGUUUCUAUGAUCAUAUAUACCGAGCCUGCUUUCAGAACUGUAAAGCUUUGGAUGAAAAUGAAUGCUCAAAAUAUAAUGAAUGCAAAGCCACAAAUAAGGGCUGCGAGAAUGAAGGCUAUCUCAGUCUAGAGAUUUUUGGCUCGAACCUCGGGUCAGGUGUACGGGCGUGCGAGUUGUUCGAAUCAGAAGGUUCAUGUUAUUUAAUGGAGGAACUUUACAAAAAAUUCGAAGAUGAAAAUAAAACAAAUUUUAAUUGUGUGUGGUUGUCACAUACGCAUGAAUUUAGGAAACAUAAAGAACGGGAUGAAAGCAAGAAAGAACUUGGAAAACAUGGAAACCAUGAAAAAUAUGAAGAAAAAAAUGAAAAUAAACACAAAAUAGAUGACGAUAUUAUAAACAUUAAGAGGACCAAUCAUAUAAAUAACUCAAGUGGACCUAUUAAUUACCAUGUACUAAGUGCAAAAGAAUCAAAAGAAAUUGGAAGAAAUGAAAAACCAAUUUCUUUAGUACAAUUAAAAGUAAAUGAAAAAGCAAAUAAAGAUGCAAAAAAGAAAAGUAACAAAAAGGGAGGUGCGAAUGAAGAACAGGAGGAUGAAGAAGAUGAAAAAGAUGAUGAAGAGGACUUACAACUUAAUGAUGAGAAUGAAGACGAAGAACAGCAGGAGGAAGUAGAAGUAGAUGAGGAGGAGGAGGAGGGGGAGAAUUCUGACAAUGAACUUGAAAAGAAAGGGGCCAAAAAGAAGGGGGAAAAGGAAAAAAGCGAUCAAACUUCUGCUAACAGUGAGGGUGAGAAAAGAAAUGUUAGUAACGAGAACAAUGGAAAUGCACCCACUAGUAUCGGUAACAAUGAGGGAGGAAAUAAUGAAAGGAGUAAUGGAAAAAGCGGUGAUACUGACGAUUCUGUAAAUGAAAACAUGUCUAAAGAGGACGAGUUGCAAAAGGUACCAAAGAAUUCAACUAACGACAAAACCGAAUUAGUAACAGAAAGUAUUAUUAACGAAAACGAUGCAUCUGAUAAGAGUAAUAAAGAAAAUUUUAUUACAGAUAUAAAUCAAAUGGGGGAAAAAAAAAAUAUAAAUGAAUAUACAAAUUUUAAAGAGAACAACGAGCAUUCUCAAAAUGAAAAAGAAAUAAUAAUACAUGAACAUCAUUAUGAUGAUAAUAAGGGAGGUUAUGAUGAAUAUGUAAGAGUAGAAUCACACAUUUGUGCUAAUUUAAAUGAAAAACCAAAUCCAUCAGUUUUAUUAGAAGGAGCAUUAAUGGCCGAAAAAGAAGCUGAAUUAAGAAUAUUAAAAAAAAAAUAUAAUAUAACAGAUAAUGAUAUAUGUGUUAAACCUUCAAAUGAGCCACAUAUUAUUCUUAAUCCUGAUAAAAAAUUUUAUGUAAUUGGUGAAAAAAUUGAAUUCAAGUGUCCAGAUGGUUAUAAGAUAAUAGGUACAACAAAUGUAGGUGUGUGCACAGGUAGAAAUAAAAUUGUUCCUAAUAUAUCUUGUGAGUCUUUAAAAGAUUUUAAUGAAACAGAAAAGCAAAAUAUACAAAAAUUAAAUAGCAUCAUUAGUUAA